AUGCGUAUCGAGCGUUGCGACUUCUCUGGCGCGAAGGUCUACCCCUCGCGGGGAAAGACUUACGUCCGCGGUGACUCGAAGACUUUCCGCUUCAUCGGCUCCAAGGCCGAGUCGCUCUUCCUCCAGCGCAAGAACCCCCGCAAGAUCGCCUGGACCCAGGUCUACCGCCGCAUGCACAAGAAGGGCAUCACUGAGGAGGUCGCCAAGAAGCGCUCGCGCAAGAACGUCAAGGUUCAGCGUGGCGUCGUCGGCGCCGACCUCGCCUCCAUCCUCGCUAAGCGUACCGCCAAGCCCGAGGUCCGCGCCGCCGCCCGCGCCGCUGCCAUCACCAAGGCCAAGGCCCAGAAGAAGGAGAAGGAGUCGACCAAGGCCCAGCGUCCCCAGGGCACCGGCGCCCCCAAGGUCGCCAAGAACCCCAAGGGCUCGCAGCCCAAGGGCAGCAUCAACGUCCGCCGCUAA